AUGAAUUCCACCGCUUUCCGGCCUCGGGGUGGCGGGCCUUCGCGGGGCGGUAUCACAAAACGCUCCACCGGUCGUGUUAGAGUUGAUCGCGAUGGAGAUCUAGACAUGGAUUCCCCGGCAGGAGGUGCGCGAGGAGGGCGUGGGGGAGGUCGUGGAAGGGGAGCUUUCAGCCGAGGUGGAGUUCCAGGAUCUGGCCCACCAAGAGGCCCAGCGGCGGACCGACCCAGAGGUGGUGGUGGUAGUGGGGCCAUGAGGGGUAAUCCAAGAAGGGACCCGGUCGGGACAAGAGCACCAAGGCCCACGUACCAACCACCUGGUAGGAGACCGGGAGGGCCUCACGUUAACGAAGGUCCUACGGUUGAGGUCAGAGUUGAAGGGUGGAGGGAAAGUAAGGGAGGUGCCGAUGAGUGCAUAAGCUUCCUUGAACGAAAAACUAAAAUGACUUUUAAAAAGACAUCAAAACAAGGGAAUACUAUCAUUUUAUAUGUCCCUCUCAGCAAAAUCGGAGGCAUUCUCGAGUGGGAUAAUGUGCAAUUCGCAUCUUCACAUUUGCGACUCACUGCGCCUAACCUCAACAACAUCACCUCAUCGAUUGAGUCUCGAAGUAACGCGAUCAUUUCCCAGGCUGCACCUAAGAGCAGGGACACAGUCGACACCAUCAAAACCCUCGAGCAGGUGCUUGCGAACCGAUAUAACAUCGAAGCCAAGAUUUUGGAUCUUAGUAAACUUGGCGAAGACCCGCUUCUAAAACAGAAUGGAUUUUUUGAGCUUAGUUCAACGACCAGCAAGAUGUUCCCCGCACUUAUGCAGAUCGCAGACAAGCGUUUCCAGACUGCGCAGCAGAAGCGGGAUACUGUCCACAGCGUAUCACUUGCCUAUAACUCACUGAAAGAUCUCCGCGCUGUCACUACCUUGAGCGUCACCUUCCCGGACUUGAAGAACUUGAGCCUACAGGGGAACUUGAUCGAGGGUUGGCAAGCUUUGGACAGUUGGAGGAACAGAUUUAAGAAUUUGGAGCAGCUGGUGUUGAUGGGCAACCCAUUGACUAGGCAGCCGGAUUAUAAGCAAGAGGCUAUGAGGAGGUUCCCCGCCCUUGUCAUGUUGGACAAUGUUCCCUUAGACCGGCCAGCGAUCAAAAUCGGCGACGAAGCUCGUCGGGGCGCAGGUCCAGGGGCCAGCGGCAUGUCUGGAGCAGUGGAUGAGGGGGGAAGGCCGGUAAUGCCAUUAAGGACCAAGGGAAAGUUUAUCCAAGAUGACCAUGGUGUCGCCAUGGGAUUCCUCUCAACAUUCUUUGCAACUUAUGACAACGAUAAGAAUGCAGUCCUAUCACAAUUCUACGACUCGGCAUCCACCUUCUCAAUGUCUGUCAACACCUCCGCCCCCCGUGUUGAAGCCCAGCAGAACACACGUCAAUGGUGGGACCCUUGGAUUCCUAUCUCUCGCAACCUCAAGCGAAACCACUCUUCUGGCUUUAUGAGCGCACGUGUUUUCACCGGCCCGGAUGCAAUUGGACACAUCUGGGGUGAAAUACCAUCAUUCCGCCAUAAUCUUGGAAACGAAGAGCUGUGGAGCUUCGACGUAUGGCCAAUCGAAGUAUUGGGCGCUGGCGGGAUAAUGGUUGGAGGCAUUAUGUGCUGCGUUCAUGGCGAGUUCGAAGAGUCAAAUGGCGAUAAAUUCAUGAAGAGGAGUUUCGAUAGAACUUUCAUCUUAAGACCAGACGCGAAUGGGGCUGUAAAGGUUGGAAACGAUAUUCUUGUUGUCAGAUCAUAUGGUGGUUUCGAAUCCUGGAAAGAAGAACCCGAAGCACCGGUACCGGUGCAGGCACCAAUGGCUGCGCCUGUCGGAAUACCAAUGGCCGCGCCGGUCGGGAUGCCAAUGGCUGCUGCGCCUGUAGGUAUGGUUCAAGAUCCAAACAUGCCGCAGGGGCAGGCAGCGGUAGCACAGACGGAACAGCAACAAAACAUGGCGAAAUGUUUUGAGUUUGCGAGACGAUCCGGGCUGAAGAUGGAGUGGGCUGAGCUUUGUCUCACCGAGACUGGGUGGAAUCUGGAGGAAGGGUGGACAGCGUUUGUGCAGGCUAAUGCAGCCGGAAACAUCCCACAAGACGCGUUCGACCCUAAUAUCCCAAGGCCAUUUUAA